AUUUUGAAGAACUCUCUGCUACCGACCUUCUACUGAUGCAAUCUAUUAUAUAAGAAAUAUGUGACUUGAAAAAGUUCGUAGUUUUUCUCUCCUCCGAUAAAACCAGUCUUCGUUCAACCCUCAUUCAUCUCUCGAUUUUUGUCUUUGAGAUGGCUAAAUUCUAAAGGAGAUAGAUGGAAGUAAAAUCAGCCGUCCUCUAAUAUUUAUUGCAGCGACAUGAAGUCGGGCAGAGAUGGUUUCAGAGCAUGGGUGAUAGCAUUCGACAAUUUCCUUAUCAAUUUCAUUGUGGUGGGACUUGGGAGAAUGUCGGGCAUUCUGUACAUCGCCUUCAUGAAGAUGUUCCAUAUAGAUAGGCAAACAGCCUCCAUGCCAUUCAGUAUACAACAAGCUGCUAGGACAUUCUUUGGACCACUUGCUGGAAUCUUGGGUCAAAAGUAUGGAAUUCGAUGUGUCACAAUCAUCGGAGGAAUAAUCGGGACGAUAAGUGCCAUAUCCUGCUAUUUCGUCAUGGAUAUUACUUGGAUCACAGUUCUCUGGGGAUUAAUGUUUGGUAUUUGUACAGCGCUGACCACUACCCUAAACCAAGUACCCAUAGAUCAAUAUUUUGACAAGUACAAGACAACCGCAGGCGGAUUUGCGUUUUCUGGUGGAUGUGUGGCGGCUUUUAUUUUUCCUCUCAUACUCGAACACCUCAUCAGAUCAUACGGAAUGGCUCGAACUUUUCUCGUUUUGGGUGCUUUCAUAUUCCUCGUGAUUCCUGCCGCAUGCUUGCUCGUCGAACCACCCUGGAUCAAGAAGAAGAAAGCAAACACCGAAGAAGAAACACUGAUUAGCAAUCGCACCUCUUACAAUACAUUUUCCGAAUCGAAAGAGACAAUAGACUUUGACUAUUUAAAGAAAGAGAGUGAAAUAGUAUUCCACCUCUUCAUUCUGAUGAUGGAGGACUCGGAAUUUUUUUCCGGUUCCGUUUCGACCAUUUUGGGAAAUUUCACGAACUCCCUACCCUUAGUGAAAGAGUUGGAAGAUCUGCAAAAUUAUCUCCAAAAUAAGUCUCCCAAAUCGGAAACAACCAGUCGAUCGCAAGAGACCUACAAGACGUACGAGGACAAUCCUCGGUGGCAUUUCCUAGCCGAUAAACUGCAGCAGUUGUCUGAAAAAAACCACAAGGCAUUGCUUUUAUAUUUUCCAGAAACAUCACACGACGAAGUGGCGAAAGUGAUAGGAAUGUUGAAAACAUUGAAUAACGGUUUAUCGAAACCGAAAUUUCUCGAGGAACUGACGGAGUUUCGUCGACGAUUGCAGGAAGAAAAAAUGGCGAAACAAUCCAACUCUUUCAUUCAUCACAUAAAGACGGCUGUUAAACUCCACGCAAAUCCCAUCUUUUUGUUGAUUUGUUUGUCACGGGGCGUUUUCAUGCUGACCUUCAUUCCCCUGGUGACCAUCAUAGUGGACUUUGCCAUGGACCAAGGCUUGAAACAGAGUACUGGGAAAUAUCUUAUCCCGGUUUUAUCUUUAGGGGAUUUAUUGGGCAGAUUGUGCCUCGGAUGGAUUAAUGACAGCGGUCUUCUCAGCCUUCCGAAAUUCAUGCUCGCGGUGAUGCUUCUUCUGGCAUGCAGCACGGCCACUCUACCCCUCAUGCACUCCGAAGUAGGCAUCAUUCCGGCCAUCUUGAUUUUUGGUAUGCUGGAAGGAUCCCUCUUCAUUCGACACCAAAUCUUAGUUUCGAUGUAUAUGGAAGAACAAGAACAGGCCAUAGGAAUGGGAUUCAUUAAUUUCCUGUCUGGAUUCAUUGGAUUUGCUCUUCCAUUUUACAUAGGUUAUUUCAGAGAUGUGCGUGGAUCUUAUGACGGAAUGUUCUAUCUGAAUGGUGGUAUAUGUGCUUUCAUCGGAGCCUUGUGGAUUUUCGUUCCCUCCUCUUCUAGAAAAUAAUCAUCUAAUAAAUAUUUUAAAAGGUU